GAGAGGGAAUUUAGACAUCCAGAUCUCUGCCUCAAAGAGCUGGAAAUUACUUUGGAGACAUCCCAUCUGUUCUCUUUAAAAGACAUCAUGAAGAGGUUCCUGCUCCUUUCCUUUGUUUGCUCUCUCUUCUCCGUAGUUCGUGGAGCUGACGAUAUUACAUGUGCUUCUUGUUCUGUUGAAGAAACUAACUGUAACACGAACUGCACGGCACAAACUUGCAUCGCCCUAAGGGAACUCAACACAUUAAAAAGUGCCAAUGGGACAUACAGAGGCUGUUUAAGUGAAAACAGGACGUGCAACCCCCUUGCUUUCACUUUCUCUACUGAUGAUAAUCAGCAAGUGCAGAGCAGUGUGGCCUGCUGCACAACCGAGAUGUGUAAUGACAAACUCUCUCUGAGCGCACCUCCCACGAGCACUGUUGAAAAUGGAGCGCAUUGCGCAGUCUGUGAAGCGUACAACAAGAGCACGUGCGAGAGCACAAAGAAAAUCGCCUGCAAAGGAGCUGAAAUCAAAUGCAUCACCCUCUCCGGGGAAUCUCUCCAGGAUAAGAACGAAACUUUCGCAAUCAAAGGAUGUGCCACUGAGAGCGCUUGCACUAUGGUAAAGGGUGACCCAUUAUCCUAUGGAAGCAAAAUCUACCAGCUCUCCGAGAAUCCUGCUUGUAUUAACCAAGGAACCUUGGCUGCUCUGUCUUCUGUAAUCAUCAUCCUUCCUGCGGUUGUUCCACUCCUCAUGACCAGUGUCCUCUCUUGAUCUAGCUGCCUGCCAUUUUCUUCCAAAUUUGUGUUGGAUACGAACAUGACAAUGGGGUGUGGUCUCCAGAACCAGGAAUAACAUUUUAAUCAGGGGGGACUAUCUAUUUUUGUGUGUGGAGGGGAGAACAUAUACAUUUUCCUCUUCUGAAUUUCCGAGGGACCUCACCCUUUAGCUCCCAUCGUCGUCAUCUAGUCGUUUAGUCGUGUCCGACUCUUCGUGAUCCCUUUAACUCCCACUCUCUACCUAUACACCCCUGUUCCUGUUGUGGUUAAGAACAGGAACAGUUGCCCACCCCUGGGAUUCUCCUUGCCCUUUUCCACACUGAAAACAUUUCUGGAUACUCUGAGGUAGAGUUGUUCCUCAGAUGGGUGUAAUCUCCCUAUGGGCUGCAUAGCUCCUUGGAAUGCUCCGAAAGGUGGCCGAAGUGGUGGAUGAGGAGCAAAUGAGAUCUAAAUUUGUAAAGGGAAAUAAAUGAUUUUUUAAAAAAUUGAUUUUUUAAGUUUGCAAAGCCUCCAGGCACAAGAAACUGCACACAGUGUUCCGAGCAGACAGCGAUAGGCUGUUGGCUUUGAAAGAACCAUUUGCAUGUUGAGAAGAGACAGAAUCACGAACUUGAUCAUGUCCUCUCUCUUUCUUGGAGUUCCUGAGCAUACAGUGAGUUUUUCAAAGAGAAUCCUGAAUGAUCUACCCUCAGCUUAUUUAUUCAUCAGCAGAAAAAAACAACAACCCCUCCACUUAUUCAGGCAAGCAGUUGAUUCAGCAUAAGAAAAUAAUACUAUUUUCAAACCCCAGAAAUACCUAUUUAUAUAUGAAUUUCCAGGAUAUAUUUACCAGAAAUGGCCAUUAGAGGCCUGUCUAUACCAGGUCUUUAUUGUUUUGACCACUUUGGUCAUCCAGCUUCCACCAAUUUAAAACGUAAGUACAAAUAAUACUAUAUACACAAACUGUCGUAAACUUUGUGAUAUAAGGGGAAGAGGUUGUCCCUGGACUAUGGCAGAAAUACUUCCAAUAAACAACAAUAAACUCUUACACAUGUCUAUGCAGUGGUACUUAUUCUGAUACACAUGUGUAUGAUUAAUAACCAACAUAUGCAAUGAAUGUAUUGAUAUUUGUGCAGGAUA